UGAAUUAUUUGUAGGUCCCCAGUGUUGUCUGUCUCACCCAUUCUCUUAUAUGUAUAUGUGGAAUGUUUUAGGACUCAGUGGCCUUUGAGGAUGUUAACGUGGAGUUCACCAUGGAGGAGUGGGAUUUCCUGGAUCCCACCCAGAAGAAACUCUACACAGAUGUGAUGCUGGAAACCUUCUGGAACCUGGCAUCAGUAGCAUGUAUUUUAGAAGAACAAUGUGAUGACCAUGACAGUGAAGAUCAGUAUGAAAAUCAUUGGAUGCAUCUUAGCAGUCAUAUGGUAGAGAGACUCUGUACAAGGACGGAUGGUUGUCAAUGCAGAGAAAACUUCAGCCAGAUUCCAAAUAAUAAUGAAAAGAAGGAAAUUCCUGAAAUAAAACAACCUAAAUCCAGGUUGUGUAGGCAAAUCUUCAUACGUUAUUUAUCCUUGAAUAACCAACUGAGCUCUCACAUUGGACCCAAACUGUACCUGUGUCCAGAAUAUGAAGAAAAACAUUAUAAAUAUAAGGAAGCUGAGAAAUCUUUCAAUUCCAAUACUCUUAGAAAUCAGGAAAAAAUACACUCUGGUGAGAAACCUUAUGAAUGUGGGAACAUCUUCAGUUGGCUCAGCUCUCUUGGAAAACAUAAAAGAAGUCAUGCCAGAAAGAAGCCUCAUGAAUGUAAGGAAUGUGGUAAAACAUUCCAUCAUCCCUUUUUCCUUAGAAAUCAUGAAAGAACUCAUACUCGGGUAAAACGCUUUAAAUGUAAGCAUUGUGGUAAAGGUUUCUAUUAUCAAUAUUCUCUUCGAUAUCAUGAAAGAACUCAUACUGGGGAAACACCCUAUGAAUGUAAGCUAUGUGGUAAAGUUUUCUCUUAUUCAACUUCCCUCCAGUAUCAUAAAAGAACUCAUACCGAGGAAAAACCCUAUGAAUGUAAACAAUGUGGGAAAGCCUUCAGUUCCGGGAGCUCUCUCGCAAAUCAUAAAAUAAGUCAUGAUGAAAAGAAGCCUCAUGAAUGUAAGAAAUGUGGUAAAACAUUCCAUCAUUACUAUUCCCUUAGAAAUCAUGAAAAUACUCAUUCUGGGAAGAAACCCUAUGAAUGUAAGGUUUGUGGUAAAGUUUUCUCCCUUUCAGCUUCCCUUCAAUAUCAUGAAAGAAUGCAUACUGGGGAAAAACCCUAUCAAUGUAAAGUAUGUGGGAAAGCCUUCAUUUUUCCCAGCUCUCUUGGAAAUCAUCAAAGAAGACAUGACGGAAAGAAGAAUCAUGAAUGUAAGGAAUGCGGCAAAACAUUCUAUUAUCAAUAUUACCUCCAACUUCAUGAAGGUAUUCAUACUGGUGUAAAACGUUAUGAAUGUAAGCCUUGUGGUAAAACUUUCUGUUAUCCAUCUUCCCUGCGAAGUCAUGAAAGGACUCAUCAUAAGGAAGAACCCUAUAAAUGUAAGCAUUGUAGCAAAGCUUUCUCUUAUCCGUCUUCCCUCCAAUGUCAUGAAAGAACUCAUACUGGGGAAAGACCCUAUGAAUGUAAGCAUUGUGGCAAAGCUUUCUCUUAUCCCACUUACCUCCAAUAUCAUCAAAGAAUUCAUACUGGGGAAAAACCUUAUAAAUGUAAGCAUUGUGGCAAAACUUUCUGCUUUCUAUCUGCCCUCCAAAAUCAUGAAAGAACUCAUACUGGUGUAAAACGCUAUGAAUGUAAGCAGUGUGGUAAAGGUUACUAUUAUCAAUCUUCUCUCCAAAGUCAUGUUAGAACUCAUACUUGUAGACCAUCCUAUGAAUGUAAGCUAUGUGGUAAAGUUUUGUCUUCUUCAACUUCCCUUCAAUAUCAUGAAAGAAUCCAUUCUGGGGAAAAACCCUAUCAAUGUAAGGAAUGUGGGAAAGCCUACAUUUCUCCCAGCUCUCUUGGAAAUCAUAAAAGAAGCCAUGAUGGAAAGAAGCCUCAUGAAUGUAAAGAAUGUGGUAAAACCUUUAUUUAUCCCUCUUUCCUUAAAAGACAUGAAAUAACUCAUACUGGUGUAAAACCCUAUAAAUGUAAGCAUUGUGGUAAAGCUGUAUCUUCUUCAGCUUACCUGCGAUAUCAUGAAAGAACACACACUGGAUAAAAGCCCACGUAUGUUAGCAAUGUGGUAAGGCUUUUAGUCUUUCUGCAUCUCUUAGAGAUCAUGAAAAAAUACAUGCUGGAGAAAAAACCCUAUGAAUGAAAGCAAUCCAGUAAAACUUUCUAUUAUCCACUUUCCCUCUGAUAUCAUGAAAGAACUCAUAAUAAGGAAAAACCCUAUGAAUGUAAGCCAUGGGGGAAACCUUGUAUUCAUCCCAGUUCCCUUCAAUAUCACAAAAGCACUAAUAGUGGAGAGAAAUCAUAAUGAAUGAAAGAACUCACACUGAAAAUAAGCCCUAUCCUGUAAAGAUUGUAGGAAAGCCUUUGACCAUCCUAGUUCUUUCUUUUUAAUCCUCACCUGAGAAUCGUUUUCCAUUGAGAGUGGAAGUCAAAGAGAAAGACAGAGAACCAUAUUGAUAUGAGAGAAACAAAUCAAUUGGUUGCCCUCCUGCACAUGCCCAGACAUUUAACAACACACAGUGGAGAAAAGCUCUAUGAAUGGAAGGAAUGUGGUAAAGCCUUCAGUUUCUCCAAGUCUCUUAGCAUGGAAGGAAGAACACGUACUGAGGAAAAACGUUAUGAAUGUAAGCAAUGUGGGAAAACCUUCCGUUGUGUCACAUCUUGGAAGACAUAAGAGAAGACAUGAUGGAAAUAAGCCUCAAGUACAGGCUUGGCCCGGAGUGUGGGGUUGCAGGAAGAGACUCCAGAGAGGCUCUGACAUAUUAGCUUCAGCCUUAUUUUCCUAGUUCCCUGCCCGGGUUGGCUGCUGGGCACAGCCCUCAUGCGUGCUGCAUCUGCUCCAGGAACUGUGUGCUGCGCAUGGCCUCACAGUCGAGGCUCCAUGCGUGGCCUGGACUCGCCCAGCUGCUGGGCUUCACUCUGUCCCUCUGGCGAAUGCAUGGCGAAUCUCCCCUCCUUGUGGGUCUCCUGCCUUGGCUCUGAAGGGCUGUGGGACCUGGAGCAGCUGCAAUAGGCAGACCAUCCGCCAGACCUGUGGCUAUCAUCACCUUGAAACUGACUUUGGAGAAAAAUAGUGGGUGUUUUGAUUUUAGGCAGGCAUGGUAGGAAUGCAAGGAUUUUUGAGCCUCCUUUCUUAGAUGGAUCCAAAGCAGAUUACUAGAAUACAGUGCCCUAUUUUACAGUGUACGGAGUGAUAGCAUAAUUGCAAAAAAUCUUUUCUUAAGUAUAUUGUAACAUUUUUAGGGAAAGCAUAGUUGACCUAGAAUUAACUGAGUAACUCUAUUGGCACAAAAUAAAAUGAGUGACCUUUUAAAAAUACACAGCUGAGAGACAUUAAAGCACUAACUUGGAUUAAUAAAUUAAUAGAAAUAUUACUAUGAUCUUAUCACUGAAUGAAGUCCAUCAGCCAAGACAUGAAACACAGUUCCAGCCCUACAAGAGCUUAGAUGGUAAAUAGUUACCAUUGUUUAAUUAAUCAAGUAAAUAAUAACCAAACAAUUUCUAAUUAAGACUAAAAAGUUCUCUUUUUUCACCUGGAAGUAGAUUUGAGACUCAUUUAAAGACAAUUUGGCCCUGGCAAGGUUGGCUCAGUGGAUAGUGCAUUGGGCUCAGUAAUGAAGCAUCCCUGGUUCAAUUCCAGUCAAGGGCACAUGCCCAGAUUGCUAGGUAAAUGCCUGGUAGGGGGUGAACAGGACACAGCCAUAUUGAUAAUCUCUCAUCAUUGAUGUUUCUAUCUCUCCCUCUGCCUUACUCUCUGAAAUCAAUAAAAAUAAUAGUUUUAAAAAUAUAUAUAUUUUGUAGAGAAUGAAAUAAACUUUAAGGAUAAUUUGAUUGAUUCUAAAUUUUUAAGGGACUCAUGAAUUGACAAUGUAUGGAAAUAAAAUGAAUAAAUAAAAUGUGAGACUUAGACAAA